AUGUCUGCUUCUACCACAACUGAUGCAGAGAGUCCCUCAGCAAUAGUGAGAUGGGCUCAGACUAGACGACCUCGUCGCGACUCCGAGGACUCGGUGAAGUCCAAGCUGGAACUCGCGAUAAGAAGGACCUCCUGCUCGCCCCUUACGAAUACGGGUACGAAGUCGGCUCCUGACGGUACGCUACUAGUCUACCGUACGGAGAGUAUGGCUACCGCUGUGAAGGCCAAUGCCUUCUUGAAAACCAAGAUGUGCCCUAAGCUCAGGAUGAAUGCUGAUGGCCUGUGGAGCUGUCCCCAAGGGGAUCGCUGCAGUUUCGCCCAUUCCGAGUCAGAGUUGAGAUUACUCCCGAAUCUUACAAAGACUGCUAUUUGCUACGAGCAGGUAUAUGGUAAAUGCGGCUGCAAAAACGGUGCUCUUUGCAAGUGA